AUGGAAAACGACAACAAUCAAAAAGAAACGGAUACAAAAAGUGUUAGGGACGAGAGCGAAGAAAGCGAUGACGAGAACGAGGAUGUGUUCCACUUUGAGACGGAGCACUUGGCAUUACGUGGUAAUCAAUGCUAUGGCAACCUGCUGCGGACCAUUGCCACGCUGCAGGCUCAGCGCAUUCGCGUCCAUCAACAAAUAGACGAGCUAGAGAAAGCGCGCGAUUUGUAUCUGGAGAAUCCUCAACUGUUGCUGGACAGGUUGCGCAACAAGGAGCCGCUGAUAGCGCCCAAUUACUUAACCCCCAUUCGCCUGCCUGAGUUGCCCACAUUAACAGUUAAGCAAGAGGUCAAAACCGAGACACCAGCGCCCAAUUCUCAGCCCACGGAGGAGGACAAGAACAAUAGGAAUGGCAGCAAAACGCAAACGCGUCUGUGGACGAACGAGGAGCAACUUCGCCUGGAACAGUUGCUCAUCGAGUAUCCGCCAGAAGAGGUGGAAAUGCGGCGCUUUGGCAAAAUCGCCAAAGCGCUGGGCAAUCGAACAGCGCAACAAGUUUUUAGCCGUGUCCAGAAGUACUUUCAGAAGCUCCACGAUGCUGGCAUGCCUGUGCCGGGUCGCUUGCCCAAGUACAGGCGAGCGGGCGGCCCCGCACGACCCAAGUUUAACGUACGCCGUUCCACAUUCUUUCCGGCCCAGAAUAUACAAAUACAAAUGCCAGAGGAUGAGUACACAUUGGAUGACCUGAUGCCCGUUGCGCCGUCUCCCCCGCCAACGCCUGCAGUUAAAAUCGAACCCAAGCAAGAGCCAGAUGCGCUCGAAUCGGAGACGCAGCGUAAGCAGCUACUGCAGCUGAAAAUAUUAACAGCCAUACGCGACGAAAAGGUGCAAACCGAGGACGGCUACAGUCCCGAUCCGCUGGCGCCCAAGUGCGCCGAAUGCGAGGAGUCGGCCGUAACCCAAAAGCGUUGGCAUUGCAACAGUUGCUAUUGCUAUCUAAAUCUAUGCGGCGAUUGCUUAGCCCAUCAAUUGAUCACCGAGCAAUUCGAGCACCUGGCUCAUGAUGUUGUUGAGGAUCACGAGCCAUGAUAGAAACACACGCAGCACACAAGCUUCGAAGCAUUCGUCAAUUUGUGUAAGUAGUUAAUAAUUAAAUCAAAUAAAAUGCAGCACAUUCUACCUCCA